AUGCCUCGAAAAGGCGGCAAACGCCGAAAGACCCGCACGCAUGUGGUCGAAGGGCCGUCGAGUGCCAACGAUGACACGCCCCUGAGCUUUGUGUUCAAGAUGGGCAAAGUCCCGGCCGUCGUAAGCGCGUUGGUGCAGGACCUGCGGUGCGUGAUGGCGCCCUACACGGCCGAGAAGCUGCGCGAGAAGCGCAAGAACACGCUCAAGGACUUUGUGCACGUGGGGGCGCCGCUCGGGAUCACGCACUUUAUCUUCUUGACGCACACGGACGCGGGCACGAACCUCAAGAUUGCGCGCAUCCCACGUGGCCCCACGCUGUCGUUUCAAGUGACACAGUACUCGCUCAUGAGUCAGCUGCAUCUGGUCGUGCGGCGGCCUGUGGACGCCUCGCAAGCGCUCAAGUCGACGCCUCUGGUCGUGCUGAAUAACUUUACAGCGCCGGACGACCACAUGAAGCUCUUGAACGUCACGUUCACCAACAUGUUCCCAGCCAUUGACGUGCAGACCGUUGCGCUCGGCGACUGCCGCCGCGUCGUGCUGUUCAACUACGACCACGAGACGGACGCUGUUGAGUUUCGUCAGUAUGUGAUUCGCGCUGCGCCGCUCGGGCUCUCCAAGAGCGUCAAGACCAUUGUCAAGGCCAAAGUGCCCAACCUGAACAAGCUCGAGGACAUUAGUGAGUACGUCCUCGGCAAUGGCGCAGGCAUUGGCUCGGCGUCCGACAGCGAAGUGGACGACGAGGCAGCGCACGUGACGCUGCCCGACUCGUUUCGCGGGCGCGGGAACCGCCGCGCGGAGAAAAGUGCCGUGCGCUUGACCGAGAUCGGGCCGCGGCUGACGCUGCGCCUCACGAAAGUCGAGCGGGGCAUUUGCGAUGGCGACGUGCUGUACCACGCGUUCAAGACCAAGACGCCGGAAGCAGCGGCCAUGGCGAAAGCCAAGCACGAAGCAGCGCGCACGCUCAAGCAGCAGCGCCGGGACGACCAGGCGUCGAACGUGGCCAAGAAGCAGGAGGUGAAGGACGCCAAGAAGCAGCGCAAAGCCGACCGCAAGCGCAAGCGGGAACAGAGUGGCGAUGACGACGACGAUGGGUACGACGAGACCACUGCAACGACUGGUGGGGAGCCGCACCACAACGAGUCCGAACCCGACGACGUCGACUAUUACCGCCAAGAAGUGGGCGAAGAACCCGACACGUACAUGUUCCCUGACCAGAAGAAGCCGAGAGGCAGGAAACCGGCACUUGGUACGACCAGCGCCAAAGCGGGUCAAAAGCCGUCCGAAGUCGCUGCCUCCGACAAGAAGCGCCGCUUCUUGCGACCUGGUGCCAAAGCGCCAAAGGGCCAACUUAUUCGCCAGCGCCAGCCCAAGAAGUAG